GUUCCAGAACCCACCGGCUGUUUCCUCCACCAAUCCCUUCUUCGCCUGCACGCCACCUCCCUCCCUCCCUCCUCCCCGCCCGUAUUUAUACGCGCCGAUCCCCUCUCGCUUCCUCCUUCCUGCUUCUCGAUCGAAUUGGGUUGGGUUGGGGGUCCGGGUAGGUGUGGUGUGCACGGGAGUUGUGGCUCGUUGCUUUGUUUUGCUCGUGCGCAAGGAAGAGAGAAGAGGGAGGGGGAGUAAGCGAGGAGGCCGAUGGCGUCGAAGCGGAUCCUCAAGGAGCUCAAGGACCUGCAGAAGGAUCCUCCCACCUCCUGCAGCGCAGGCCCAGUCGCGGAAGAUAUGUUCCACUGGCAAGCGACGAUUAUGGGUCCAUCAGAUAGCCCAUACGCUGGCGGCGUCUUUUUGGUCACAAUUCACUUCCCUCCAGACUACCCAUUCAAACCGCCCAAGGUUGCGUUCAAGACAAAGGUCUUCCAUCCGAAUAUCAACAGCAAUGGGAGCAUCUGUCUUGAUAUCUUGAAGGAACAAUGGAGCCCUGCUUUGACAGUUUCUAAGGUACUACUCUCAAUUUGCUCCCUUCUGACGGACCCAAACCCUGAUGACCCAUUGGUUCCAGAAAUUGCUCACAUGUACAAGACUGAUAGGGUCAAGUAUGAGUCCACUGCUAGGAGCUGGACCCAGAAAUAUGCAAUGGGCUGACAUUGCUGUCUACUGGGAAGUAGAUGACCUAGCAUUAUGCUCAUGUUACACCCGCUGUGCCUUUGUUCCAGAUCCAAUGUACUGCCUUCUGUUGUUGAAACCAAAGGUCUAAAUUAAACUGUUCGAGCAUCGAACAAUUGAUCUAUAAUGGAAGGCGAAACAUUGAUUGUGUUCU